AUGUCAGAUGCCCAUGCUGGACCACUGCCCCAUGCUGGAUCACUGCACCAUACUGGACCACUGCCCCAUGCUGGAUCACUACACCAUGUUGGACCACUGUCCCAUGCUGGACCACUGCCUAAUCCUCACGAGAAUCAAGCAAAGUUGGGGGUUUUUAUUUUACGUACUCAAAGUGCUCCAGCAAAGAUGUAUCAAAUUGGAAAUCAAGGAAUAGGUCAAGAGGAAUAUCAACAUGCCGAGGCAAUUCCGAAUGCUGGGAAUGCAUCUAGGCCUCAUAGUAUUCGAGAUCAUUUAAAUAUUAUCAUGGACGAACUAAAUCCUGGAAUUUUGGCACCCAUGAUUCAGACAGCCCACUUUGAGCUCAAACCGAGCGAGAAAUCCACCUGGAUUAGCACUACAAAUGCCCAUGCUGCCAUGCUAAAGAUGUCAGAUGCCCAUGCUGGACCACUGCCCCAUGCUGGAUCACUGCACCAUGCUGGACCACUGCCCCAUGCUGGAUUACUGCACCAUGCUGGACCACUGCCCCAUGCUGGACCACUGACCAAUCCUCACGAGAAUCAAGAAAAGUUGGGGGCAUCUUAG